AGCAUGGCAGAGGCACAGGGACAUCCCAGCUGCCCAGGGCCGGGGAGGGGGGCACGGUGGCGUCUGACCCCCAGGCGGGGGGCAGAGCCGUCGGCCCAACCCUGUCCGGAGGUCCCUGCGCUUGGCUGCCCCGCCGCUGCCAUCCUCACCUGGGCAGCGAGGAAAAGAAGGACGCCACCCCUCCCCCCCGGAGAGGCCGCCGCCGGCAGACCUUCCCAGAGAAGCCGUCGGGGGCGGACGGUUCCCAGCACCCCCCAAGCCAAGCAGCAAGAGGAGAAGAGCUCUCCCGUCCAUUCCGAUUUGGGAUUAUACCUGCAAAGACUCCAGAGAUGACACUCCUGGCUUCUGAACGAUCAAUGCUUAUCCGAAGCAAAUUCCGUUCUGUACUCCAGCUGCGAAUGCAACACCGGCGGUCCCAAGAGCAACUCUCUGAACGCCACUUACUUCCAGCACUCAACAAACCCCUUGCAACUUUGUCGCAGCCCAAUGGGACACAGGGCCAGAAUCGGGCCAAUGAGAUGACAAAGCUGAAAGGCUCGAUCCGGCCCCACAAGGCCAGCACCGCUAAGAGCCAGCUGGCAGAAGUAUCUCCAGGAGACCCUUCUGAGCUUCAGGACAAAAAGGCUCGCCUGGCCGAAGACCUGAGCGAGAAGAUCCUACAUCGCCCUGGACCACUUGAGCUGGUGAAGAAAAACAUCCUUCCCUUAGAUCCAGGGAUCAAGGAUGCUUUGACGGAUGCAGUUCCUGCUGCUCCCGAUUCCUUCAACUUCGAGGAAGAUCUGAGUAGUUCAUCUUCAUCCUCCUCCCCGUGCUUUGCACUGUCUCCUGGCAGUGCCCAAGGGAAUCCUUCAACCUCAGGGACAGCCUUCCAACUGGACCUACCUCCGAUCCUGGAUCAACAGCCUUCUGUGUCAUCAUCCACCUCUGAGGCUGAGUUCCCUCCCCAAGGGGGGAGCCCCCUUGGCAAGUCCUCAAUUUCACUCCUCAAGACCCCAGCCAAGCUCCCCGAAACCAGGAAACCUCCACGCCCCAAGAAGGCGAAGGAGCCGCGGCCCAAAGUGAAGAAGCUCAAGUACCACCAGUACAUGCCGCCCGACCAGAAGGGUGAGCAGCCCCCGGUGCCCAUGGACGCAGCCUAUGCCCGUCUCUUGCAGCAACAGCAGGUCUUCCUGCAGCUCCAGAUCUUGAACCAGCACCAGCAGCCCACGCCAACUUCGCCUGCUACCUUCUGCGUUCAAGCCCUGCACGCUGUCCCAGCCAGCAGUGCUCCAGAACAGGCCCUGAGCUUCCCUGGGACACCUGCACCACCAAGUGGGCCUCUCCCACUCCCUCUUUCCUCUCCAGCCACGCCAACCUCCCCUUCGCCACCCAAACCGGAACUGUUGCCUGCCAACUUGGAGGAGCUAACGGUCUCCGAACUCCGCCAGCAGCUCCGUAAGCGGGGCCUCCCUGUUUCGGGCACCAAGCCAGCCCUGCUGGAGCGCCUCAAGCCUUACCAGGUGGCCCGGGCCAAGCCCCCACCUGUCCCACUCCCUAGCACCCGCUUGGCCCCCUCCGAGAUAGAGGAGGCAGCCCAGGCCCUGCGGGAGAAGCAGCGGGUUGCUGAGAAUCUGACGUUGAAACUUCACCGGGAGCAGAAACACCAUGACGAUGAUGGCUUCCGUGUGGAGCUGGAGAUGCACAAACGGAUCAAGAACCGCCGCAAGGGAGCACUACCACCCCACAGCCAGCAGGGAGGGCCUCCACCUUAUGUCCCAAAGAGAGAGUGUGCCAAGGAGGGGGGAGGAGAAGGCACGGAAGAUGGCUUUAUGGUUUUAUGCCCUCCAUCCUGUGAGCCAAUUAAUUCUGAUAUGGAGCUGCCCCUUGAAAUCACAGCCAGUCCCCCGGACCCAGCCCCAGGAGCCCGUUCCCUCGAGGAGGAGCUACAAGAGGCCAUCCAAAAAGCUCAGCUGGUGCCAAGCCAAUCAAUCGAAGAUAUCUUAGAGGAACCGCUGAUGUGUACAGGUGACCUCCUUCAAGCACCUGCCUUGAACCCAGAAGUCCCUGAUCGAGUUGCCCCAUCCCCGCUUGUCCACCAUGAAGCAUCACCACCAAAGAAACCCCGGCCCAGCGGCGAACCUUCUUUAGUGUCCUCUGCCAUCUUUGAUUUUCCCAGUCCCUAUGAUUUCCUCUCAACAGCCUCCUCCUCCUCUGCAUCCCUGGACUCACUCUCCUCUGUUUUCUCUCCUGACUCUUUGGAAAUGCCCCCAUCUCCCCCAGAUGCCUGGCAAGGAAGUGGGACCCGUGCCGGAUUCGACCCUGUCGAUUGGCUGGAGGCCUUGACCUCAGGCUCAGCAUCAGGCCUAGGCUCUGCCAGUCCUGUUGGUGGCAGCAUCUUCUGCACGGACUUUUUUGAUGCAGCUGACCUUGGCGUCAGCCACAUGAUAGACCUAAUGGUGGAGCAAUGGUAGAUAGGGCACUAGUUGCCCAUUCUGAGUCCCCAAGGCCUGAAGAGAAAGGGGGAGAAUCAUCCUUAUGCCCUGUAAGGCCUUGCCGGGACUAGGUGAGAAUGAGUGUUUGAGUCCUGGGUGGUCUUGUCUUUGUUAAUGCCAAGUCCAGUUGCUCUCUUGGAAGAAUUAAAUCCCUCUUGUUUGGGUUGUGUCAGUGCCAUGCCUCAGCUUGAAUGGUCAGGGAGUUCCAGAAACUUUUGCUGGUUUAUGGGUCAUGCCACCUUGAACCUUGGAUGUCUGCAUCAUGUCAGCUCUAGAAGUUCUUAACAGAAUGGGAAGUGGUCUAAGCAAACAAAAGAGGUUGAACCACGAGAAAAACACCAGCUCUGCCCACAUCCAGACUGUUCCCUAUAUCCAGAUGCACUGUGGUUGAGGGUGAAGAGUGCAGAUUCUGCCUUGGUUGGGCCAUGCCAUCUUGAUUUAUUGAACCAAACAGAAGAAAAAAAGUGCCAACUCUAAUUUUGAUUGUGCCAUCUCAGGAGGAGAAGCUAAAAUUUCUUGGGGCCACCUGAAAUGGACUAUACCAGCAGUGGCAACCUCCUGUUUUCUUGAAAGGAAGGGAGGGAGAAGAGCAUAUUCAGUGCUGGGGACCGAACCAUCUUUUGUAGCUAGUCAAAGAGAGAUGUGAUCAGAAGAGGAGGAGGUGCCACUUUCAACUGCUCAUGCCAUUCUAAUUCUUUUUUCCCUAAUUUUUACUUGGCUUUACAAAGUGGAGGGUGCAUAUUCAGAGCUUGGAAAAGUUACUUUUUUGGACUACAACUCCCAUCAACCCAUUCCAGUGGCCAUGUUGGCUGGGGCUGAUGGGAGUUGUAGUUUAAAAAAGUAACUUUUCCAAGCUCUGAUUUAGCAUGCACAGGGGCUCAGAGCCAUUUUUUUGGUCUGGGGGUGGUGUGGGGUGGUGGGACAGCUUCCAAAGGGAGCUGGAUGUGGAGGGAUCUGCUUCCACAGGGAGAUGGUGGUGGCAGGUCAUGCCCAAGUAACCAAAGGUUGCUGGGAAACUUUGAUUAACGGGGCUGUGGAAGGAUCUGGGCACAGCUGUAGUAACUGCUCAUGUGGAAACUUAGAGCACAUCUAAUCAAAGACUUAAAUCUGGUUCGAUAAUAUCAUUCCAUCUCUGCUGGUAUCCCUGGGAAUUGGAGUUCUGUGAGAAUGAAGGUACUCUAACAGAGAAUUUUCUCGCUGAACUAAGGUCAGUAUUUAGCUAAGCCCUACUUAAGAGUUAACGGGCACGUUUGACUUAGAUUCAUUCAUUUCAGCGGGUCUACUUUGUGUAGGACUUAGUUGAAUAUUGCCCUAAGUUUCCCAGGAUUCUUUGGGAAGACAACAUGACGGUUAAACUGAGAUAAUAUUGCUAAAGAUGUGUGGGAUAAAUAUGGUAGGGUGUGACAGCACCUACAUUCUCAAACAACAGUCUAGAUGUACAUAAAAACAGGAUCCGCUCUGCUCUAGAAAGCAGACUCACUCACCCCAUUCUUGUCUCAUACGACUGAGGACCAAACAAUUUUUGCCAGUUCAAAGCAGAAGGGGCUGUGCAGAGUGCUGAUUGGCUGGAUGCCUAUGACAUCACAAGCAUUCCUUCCUUUCUCCUCCCCAGAGUAAUUUUUCCCUGUCAGGUUUGGCUUUUUAAAUAAAUAAAUAAAACCAAAUGCUAUAUGAUUGUUUAUAUGUGUACAAAGUGAGCUUUAAGAAGCAGAAAAAGCAGGUAGGCUACUAGAAGAAUGGAGGAGAGGGCCCAAAGUGGCAAGAAAAUUGGCGUGCCUCAGCACUGAAGAGCAAGUUAGAGGGAAGCCGAGUUCACUCAGCAGAAAAAGAGUGUGCUGGCUCCUGUUUUUAUGUCCCUUGAUCUGUACCAUCAGUAGAGUUCACUUCAUCAGCCAUUUCAGCUGUAAAACACUUCACUUCUGCACUGUCCACAGCUGGUUUACACACACCAUUGACUUGCCAGGCUGGACAGUACAAAAAUGAAGUACUUUACUAAAGUUGUUUGAGAGAAUAGGUAUAAAACACAUGGCCUCCCUUGCCUGAGGGCCAACAGUGCCCACAAUGUCUGUGCUUAUGGAUUUCCCUUCCUGGUCACAUGCACACCAUAUAUUUAAAGAACAUGGCUUCCUCCAAAGAAUCCUGGCAACUGAAGUUUCUUAAGGGUACUGAGAAUUGUAGCUCUGUGAGGAGUUCUCAAGAUUCUUUGGGGGAAGCCAUGUUCUUUAAAUGUAUGGUGUGGAUGUGAAAUGACAAUUCAUGGGCUCUAGUGAACCAACCAUAACAUUGAGGGGGUUGACAUUUAGCAUACAGCAUUGCUGGCUGUGCUCAUUUCAAACAUGUCCUCUGGCUUGUUCUCCACAAGCAGAAAGCAGCCAUGGAAGGGCCAACAAGGUAGGCCUCACAAGGAGAGUUAUUAUGUACCCUGAUCUUCCAACACACAGACAAUCAGAAUUGUACCCAUCACCUUCCAUCUCUUUCUCCAAAUAAACAUCAUUUCUUGCUGCCUCAA